AAAACAGUGUCAGAUUUGUUUUUGUUUUUUUUAUUUGCCUAUAAUUGCAUUUUUGAUACCUGUGGCUCUCAGGUUUAUGUAUAAUGUUUGCGUAUCAUUUGGUAGAUGGUGGGCGGUAUAUAUUGUAGUUGUUGUUAGAGUUUACUGAAGUUUGUGGUUGGUAUGGUGAGGAGAGCAAAUGCUCUAACUGGAUUGGCUGAUGAAGGCCUCCUGGAUACGACUGCUGAAACGAGCAACAGGAGACCGAGUCAAGAACAACAUUGGUGGUUCAGCGGACUCAUACACUAGUCGGCCGUCUGACUCGGAUGUGUCUCUGGAGGAAGAUAAAGAGACCUUACGCAGAGAAGCUGAGAGACAGGCUCAGGCUCAGCUCGAAAAGGCCAAGUCUAAACCAGUGGCGUUUGCAGUACGUACUAAUGUUGGCUACAGCGCUUUUCUUGAAGACGACGUCCCUGUGCCUGAAAUGGGAAUCUCAUUUGAGGCUAAAGAUUUCCUUCAUGUUAAAGAAAAAUUUAAUAAUGACUGGUGGAUUGGUCGCUUGGUGAAAGAAGGGUGUGACAUCGGUUUCAUCCCAAGUCCGGUGAAGCUUGAAAGCAUUCGCAUCCACCAGGAGCAACGUGUAAAACAAGGAAAAUUUUACUCAAGUAAACUAGGGGCAAACUCUUUAUCCAGUUUAGGAGACAUUGUUUCAAACUCACGUAAAUCAACCCCUCCAUCCUCAGGUAUGUUAUCGACAUUGGGUGUCACUUUAAAACCCAACAAUACCUUUUAUUUUACAUUAUUCAGCACAUCAAACAACGUUUAUUGUGAAAUACUUG